AUGUCUGAAAAAGACGCGAAGCUUGCUGCAGAAAACCAGCAGCUGCAGACACUGAUUCAGCAUCUGAAUCUAUCAGAAGAACCUAUUAAUCAAAUAACUGUGUACGAUGAAGUGAAGGUGCAAAACGAGACCACCGAGCAAACUGCUGACACAAAUGCAGGAUUAUUGCCGGACAAGAAAACAAUCGGGAGACUUCGCCACUAUCAGCGGCUGGCUUGUUGUUUUGGGAUUCUUUGUGUCAUUUUGCUGUUGGGCAUCAUCGCAGUCUGUGUCUUCUGUAAGUACACAGCACAGGAAGUCCAUGCAGAAACUCACACUGCAACAUGUGUCAAACCUCAAAGAUAUUUAGAGCUAGUCCUUAUCAUUACUAUCAAGCAUAGACAGUGGAAAGCUUGUCAGCAUGGCUGGGAACACAACGAGGCCAGCUGCUAUGCAUAUAAUAAUCCUGAUCUAGCUCAUCGGAAAACCUGGGAAGAAGCUCGAGAAGACUGCAGAGGAAAAGGUUCAAAUUUAGCUGUUGCACAUAAUCAACAGCAAAAGAAAGCAAUCAGUUUUUACAGCUUUGGUAAUUCAGGAUCUAAUGGAUACUGGAUCGGUCUGAGAGUUGAAGAUGGGAGAUGGAAGUUGGUUGAUGGAAAUGAGCUGACUGACAACUCCUGGAUAGCAUAUCCUACCGUCGGUCACUGUGUAAUAUCUGUCCAAUGCCAAGGAUGGAAAUCAGUGAGCUGUGAUGCAAAACAACGAUGGAUCUGCAAAAAGAGCACUUUAUCUGUUUAAACCCUGCAGUCAUAUUACUGAAUACUCUUUAAAGAUCAUAUCAACUGGCCUGUAAAUGUCAAACU